CACACACACACUGACACUGACCCCUCUGUGUCCCGUAGGCUGCUGCUGCAGAGAGACUAUAGUUUCCUGCGGGACAUUAACGUGUGGCACCCCUUCGUGACCGUCGGCGUCUACUCCUCCACGCUCUCCGCCGCCAUGAGCAACCUGAUCGGUGCCUCACGCAUCCUCUACGCUCUGGCCCGCGACGACCUCUUCGGGACGGUGUUGUCUCCGGCCAAGAGGACGUCUAAGAGUGGCAACCCCUGGAUGUCUGUCCUGCUGUCAUGGCUCCUUGUGCAGCUUGUGUUGUUCUCAGGGAAGCUAAACACCAUCGCCAGCAUCGUCACCAUCUUCUUCCUGCUGGUCUACGCUGCCGUCGAUCUGGCCUGCCUCAUGCUGGAGUGGGCGUCGGCCCCCAACUUCAGGCCUACGUUCCGCUACUUCACGUGGCACACGUGUGUGUUGGGCAUCGUGGGCUGUGCCGUGAUGAUGUUUCUGAUCAACGCCAUCUACGCCUCGGCCUCCAUCGCCUUCAUGCUGCUGCUGCUGCUGCUGAUCCACUACCUCAGUCCUACCUGCAGCUGGGGCUACAUCAGCCAGGCACUCAUCUUUCACCAGGUGCGUAAGUACCUGCUGAUGCUGGACGUGAGGAAGGACCAUGUGAAGUUCUGGCGGCCUCAGGUGCUGCUGAUGGUGGCCAACCCUAGAGGCAGCCUCGGCCUCAUCGCCUUCAUCAACGACAUCAAGAAGAGCGGCCUCUAUGUGCUGGGCCACGUGCAGAUAGGAGACCUCGACGUGUUGCCCUCUGAUCCUCUCCAGUGCCAGUAUGACUCCUGGUUGUCUCUGGUGGACCAUCUGAACAUCAAAGCCUUCGUCAACCUCACACUGGCCAGCUCCAUCAGACACGGCGUCCAACACCUGCUCUUCAUCUCUGGACUGGGCGGCAUGCGGCCCAACACACUGGUUCUGGGUUUCUAUGACGACUGCCCCCCCGUGGACCUCCUGCAGGACCCCGUCACUUUGUCAGGCAUAUCUAUAGACGGCCGUGGCGCGUCUUCUCCCGACGACGCCGAGGACCCGGAGGAGGCCUCCCUCACGCGCUUCCACUUCCCCAGCCUGCGCCGCCCUCUCCCCCACCACGACCAAUCAGGCGAGGCGGGGGGCGUGUCCACCGCGGCGGGGGGGAAGGGCCUGAGCGAGCAGGAGUACGUGAGCAUCAUCGCCGACGCCGUGAAGAUGCGCAAGAACGUGGCCCUGGCGCGCCACUUCGGGGGCUUUGAGCGCGCGGCGUGUGUGAGCCCGGCGCGCGGGAGUGUGUGCGUGGACGCCUGGCCGCUCAACCUCAUGCGGCCCGACGGCUCGGGCUACGUGGACACCUGCUCGCUCUUCCUGCUGCAGAUGGCCUGCAUCCUCAACAUGAGUCGCCCCUGGCAACGGGCCAGGCUCCGCCUCUUCCUGUGCGUGGAGAAAGGGCGGAGCCUCAAGGCCGCCGAGCACAAGCUGGGCCUGUUGCUACGGGAACUGCGCAUGAAGGCGGAUGUGCACACGGUGCCAUGGGACACGCAGGUGGCACUGCACUGGCAAAGGCAGGGAGAGAAGGACAAAGAGACGGAGGAGGGAGGAGAGAAGGAUGGAGAGAAGGAGGUGGAGGAGGAAGACCCAGACGACUAUGCCAACAGUUACCCCAGCAACGCCUCGCGUCUCUCGGACGACUACCUGCUGGCCGUUAAUAAGCUGAUCCUGGAUCAGCCGGGCCCGCCCCCUGCCGUGCGCUUCCUGUAUUUGCCCCGCCCCCCUGCUGACACACGGGGUUACCGUAGUUACCUGCAGCAACUGGAGCUGUUGACCCGCGACCUGGGGCCGACCUUACUGAUACACGGGAUCACACCUGUCAUCACGACCCAACUCUAAACACACACACACACCUGUCAUCACGACCCAACUCUAAACACACACACACACCUGUCAUCAC